CAGCCAACAAUCUGUUUCAUUGCUGCUGCUAGUGUAUAUCAGCUACUUUUACCCAACAACAUGGCUAAAAUACUACAAAUCAUGACAGUUUUAACAAUCGCUUGCAACAUAUUACAAGUUGGCACAACAACGGCAGAUACAAGAAAAUCUACCACCGAAACGCAGCUCCCGUCAAGCACAGCUUCGAGGUCCACCGAUUCUACCAGCGUGACUUUUCUUGCAAGCACACCAACUUCAGCUUCGACUGAAACAAAUCCAACAAGCAGGACAUCUACUGAAACAAGCCUCCAUCCAACAUCCACAUCUUCACAGUCACACACAUCGUCACAUGACAAAAUCACCAGCACUGACCAAACCAAAACAGAUUCAGUGUCCAGUCAGAGUAGUGGAACUACUACAUUAAGGUCAACUGAACUUGUUUCAGUAAUACCUAGCCUAUCAUCUACUGAAGAUCCUGGUAAAUCUCCUGUUUCGCCAGAAAAAGUGAAUACAACCCAGAGUUCAGGUACUGUUACAGCAUCCAGUAAUACAGGAGACAGCUUGGCGAAGAACCCAGGCCUUGUGGCCAUUCUAUGCAUUUUCUUUAUAAUUUUGGCUUUGUUGUGUGUGAUUAUGAUCGCCAAGCUCAUCAGCAGCCAAAAAAGCUCACAGUUUGAAAGGCUGGAUGAGGUUCCUAUGAACAAGAUGAACGAGGAUGCACCAUUUGCUCGAUACCCUCCAAAAUAAACAAGACAUUACAAUGUGGAACAGGCAUUAUGGAUGGAGUGCCAAAUUCCCUACUUCAUAUCAGACAUGAAUUAAGAAAGAUAAACAAUUGCAUAUAAAUUCUAUUUUAAGAUAUUUUAUUAUCUGAAUAAGCCUGUUUAAUUAAUUCAAAUGAUCUGAGUGCUUGAAAGAGAAAGAGAGAAAGCAUGGGUGUGUGCAUGUGUAGGAGAGCAUGUGGGUUAACAACUGAGUCAUUUCUCUUUAUUUUUUUGGCUUAAAUUUUUGCCCACUCUACUGUUCAUUCACUAACUUGAAACUAUUUUGUGUUAUAAGUACAAGAGGUGAUAAAACUAUAAAUAAUAUUGCACAUGCUUCCCCGUAGCUUUGAUGAGUUUUAUGUACUUUAAACCUAGUAAGAAACUAUUGUUCUUAUAUGAUCAAUAAUCAGUAUAUUAUGUAAUAAUCAAUACAUUAUUUAGGGUGGCAUUACCCCCUGACAUUUCCAGGGUCCCUGAUUUCAGUUCACUAGCUAUGCAGAGUUUCUAAUGUUCUUAUAUUGUGCACAUUAACUUCCUCUAGGGGGCUCUGUUUUUCUCCCAACUUACAUAGAAGUGCCAAUGAGUGGAUCAAUUACUCUGCAUAACCCCUAAUUGUGAAUGUGUGUGCAUGGCACCAUGUAAUAUCCCAUCCUCACCUUACACACAGCUUCCCUGAGAUAGACACUAUCUCCAUUUCAGUCCUGAUUAGGAUACACUGCUUAAUGAAGAUGAAUGAAUGAAUGAAUAGUUGCAUAAAUUGGAGACCCAAAUGGAAAAUGGAAGCAUAUUAUGUAAGCUCUAGGACUGAUAUUUAUUAUAAAAACACUACAUUCUCUUCUGGGCAUACUAAUCAUUUAAAUAGACACUCUAGCACAUUGGCAGCACAGUGGCGUAGUGGUUAGCUCUUGUGUUCUUACACCACCAGGAUCAAGGCUAUGCUCCUGUAUGUUAUAAGUUUGCAUGUUCCCCCUGUGCUUGAUAGGUUCCCUCCCACAGUCCAAAUACCUGCAGAUUAGACUAAUUAAAAUUGACAACCAAGACUCAAUUUAUUAUUAUUUCUUUACUCUAUUUUGCUCAUUAGUAAAAAAAAUUAACUACAUUUAUGUUUAUGGCAUUUAGCAGACACACUUCUCUAGAGCAACUUGCAUGUUUAUUACAUUAUGUAUCCGAGUAAUUAAUUUAUAUCUAUAAAUAAUAUAUUUCUUUAAAGUAGCUU